AUGACCAAAACGGUGCCAGCAACAACCACCACGGUAGAGACCGGUGGACAAUCAACCACUCCAAAGCGUCUAGAUUUUGUACAUACAACUCGUUCUGUCAUUCAAGAACUAGAAACAUUACGUCAAGAACAUACAUUAUUGAUUAACUCUACAACAAUAAAAUCAUCAGAUGAUUUGGAAAAGAAUGGUGCUAAACAUUCUCGAUUAAAACAGUCAUUGGAUUCACUUGAUUUGGGGAUUGGCGAAGCUCUUGUCAUGGUACAACUGAAUAAUCAUUUACAAAAUCUUGAAUCUGAUACACAAAAAUUACUUUUGCAAGUACAGCGCCUCAACCAAGAAAACAGUUGGCUACGAGAUGAACUAUCGUCAACCGAAAAGCAUCUUCAACAAAGCACAUCGACAAAAGUUGAAUUAGAAAAAGAAAUAAAAGAACUAAACGAAUCGAUUGUUAAAUUACCUUCGUCACCAUCGACAAUCACGAUCGACGACAAGGAAUUUGAUCUAAAUUCGAGUUCAAGAACAGAUGAUUCGUUAUUGUCCUCAAAAGAAACCACAGGCGUUUGUGAUACUUCUCAAGGGACAAAUAUGAAACGUUUCGGUUCUUAUUCGGAUGUGUCUGGUAUAAGUCAUAUGAACUCAACUUUCCAGGAGGCACCAGCUCGAUUUCGUACACUACACAAUUUAGUGAUACAGUACGCGUCAGCUGGUCGAUAUGAAGUGGCUGUGCCACUUUGCCGACAGGCUCUCGAAGACAUUGAAAAAACACACGGACACGAUCACCAGGACAUGGCCACAAUGUUAAAUAUUUUGGCACUCGUUUAUCGCGAUCAAAACAAGUUUAAAGAAGCUUUAUCGCUGCUACAGGAAGCAUUAGCUAUCAGAGAAAAAGUUUUAGGACCUGAAGAUCCAGCAGUAGCGGCUACACUUAAUAACCUUGCCGUUCUAUAUGGGAAAAAAAACCGUUAUAAAGAUGCAGAACCAUUGUGUAAACGAGCAUUGGAAAUACGUGAAAAAGUGUUUGGUCGUGAUCAUCCGGAUGUUGGACGACAAUUGAAUAAUCUUGCACUAUUAUGCCUUAAUCAAGGUAAAUAUGAUAUGGUUGAAAUUUAUUAUAAACGUGCGAUUGCUAUCUAUUCAAAACACUAUGGAAAUAAUGAUCCAAAUGUGGCUAAAACAAAAAAUAAUUUAGCAAGUGCUUAUUUGAGAGAAGGCAAAUAUAAAGCAGCCGCACAACUGUACAAAGAAGUACUGUCUGAAGCACAAAUACGUGAUACUGAUCAAAAACUCACUCAAAAAUCUUUAUCUCAAAGUCAAACAGGACGAAACUGUAUUGAUCCAUCCACAGUGACAACGACAUUAAAAAAUCUGGGCGUACUAUAUAGACGUCAGGGUUUAUUCGAUCAUGCCGAUGCGUUGGAAACAUGUGCUAUUCGAGUACAAAGAGAUCCGCAAGCCAUCAUGCAUGCACUCGAUGUUAUUCAACGAACACGAAUCAAUGAUGAAUUACGUUAUGACGAUACAACAAGACGAAAUCGAACACAACCGCCGGUAUCGGGCGCCGAGCGUGAAUAUGGACGAUUACAUCGAAGUGGGUCAUUUCAAAGAUUAAGAGCAUCAAUUAAACGUGGAAGUGAAAAAUUGGUACAAAAACUACGCGGAACCACCGAUGAUGAUAGUUAUAUGAAACGUUCUUCAUCGAUGUCGGUUUUAAAUGCUCCAUCACCACAAUAUCCUUUGAGAGCAAAUCAUAAUUAUAAUAAACAAGCUUAUGCAGAAAUACAGAAUAGACCGCCCGUUGUUUUUACACAAUUUCGAGGAGGAAGAUAUGGUUUUAUUAAAGAUGUUCGUCAAGAAAAAAUUGAAGACUUUAUGACAAUUAAUGCCAUAUCUUCAGCUGAUAAUGAAACAAGCGAUGUUGAAUUGGAUCAAAUAAAUACUCAAUUGAGCGAAAUUUUACGAGGCAUCGAACUUAGAAAACGUGCUUAUUUUGUUAAUUUACCGGCUAACGUCUUUAUUAUCGGUGGAUAUUUGUUUGAUCCAUUAAAAAAAGAACGUCGAGUUCCAACGAAUGAUUGGCGUUGGGAUAUUGCAGAGAAAAAACUGGAAAAAAUUCAACCAAUACCAGGUAAAGUGAUUGUCAUUGGUGGCAAUACAAUUUCAAAUCAACCUACAGCAAUGUGUUAUUUGUAUGGAAUGAACGAAGAUCAGUGGGAAUUAUUGCCAAAACUACCAAAUCCAUUGUGUGGCUCGGCUGUUACUAUUGAUGAUAAUGAUAGCAUUUAUGUAUUGGGUGGAUAUGAUCUGAUGUCAGGAGAAUCACAUUUUUGUAAUGAUUUUCUAAGAUUGGAUGAACUACGUUCAAAAGAGUAUAUAUGGACACAAUUGAAAAAUACAAUAGUGAUUAAUCGUAUAAAACAAGCCAUUUCUCCGCGCGCACGAACACUAUUAGUUGCAUGUGCCAAAGAUGUGAUACCACCUAGCGGAGGUUUAUUUGCUUGUGGUGGAUAUCAUAGAGAUGGUGGUGAACUUCAACCAGUACCCGAAAUUAUAUGUUAUAAUAAUAAGAAGGAAAUGUGGACAUUUUUAUCAACGAUACCAAAUUUGAAAAAAAUAGAUAUAUUUGCUGUUGAUAAUAACGUUCUCGUUAUUUCAUCUAAAGUGCCUCAACACAAAUCUAAUGCAGAAACGGGUCUUGUUCCGCACGCAAAAUACGAUCUUAUCCAACGAAAGUGGACAAUGGUUGAUGGAAAAGACAUCAAAGAUGAAAGACAUGGUGAAAGGGUGGAAAAUAUUGCCUCUCGUGAUACGCAAGAAAAUGAGUCAACGUAG